UCUGCCUUUUUGUUUGUGUGUGACUACAUAGGUGCGCCGUCAGCGUUUCCGCUUUUAUCUCAUCCACCAGCUCAUGAAUAUUAAGUAGAUCCGUGGAGCCAUAAGACCUUCCCCUGCGGAGACGCGCUCUCAUUCAGCAUCCAACCAGUGCAACAUCACUUCCGAGCUUUCGUCAGACUUUUUUUUUCUCUCUCCCCAAUCCGCCAGUGGAGUCUGUGGGACCUCGUCUGUGAUUUCUAACAGAGGCAGAAAAUGGCUUUGAGAGGGAGUCUUCUCCGUCUUCUCAGAACUCAUGUGGGCCAGACGUGCCAGCAAAGCAGAGCUCAGUCCGUGGCUGUUCUGGGUGCCCCGUUCUCAAGAGGACAGAAAAGAAGAGGCGUGGAGCACGGGCCAAAAGUGAUCAGAGAUGCGGGGCUCAUCGACAGGCUUUCCAGUUUAGACUACUCUGUCCACGACUUCGGCGACCUCAACUUCCACCACCUCGAGAACGAUGAGCCCUACAUGGACGUGAAGUUCCCCCGCACCGUGGGCGCAGCGAAUCAGAUGCUGUCCGGAGCGGUGAGCAGAGCCAUCGGAGCUGGCCACACUCUGGUCAUGCUGGGAGGAGAUCACAGCCUUGCCAUCGGAUCCGUGAGCGGCCACGCACGGCAGUGUCCUGACCUGUGCGUCAUCUGGGUUGACGCUCACGCGGACGUGAAUACGCCCAUGACUUCUCCAUCUGGAAACCUCCACGGCCAGCCCGUUGCGUUCAUGCUCAAAGAGCUGCAGGACAAGAUGCCAGAUAUCCCUGGGUUCUCCUGGACUAAGCCCUUCCUCUCCUCAAGGGACCUGGUGUACAUCGGCCUACGGGACGUGGACCCCGGAGAGUACAACAUCCUGAAGAACCUGGGAAUCCAGUACUUCACCAUGAGGGACAUCGACAGACUAGGCAUCCAGAGAGUCAUGGAGGUCACGCUUGACCAUCUUCUGACGAGAAAACAGAGAUCGAUCCACUUGAGCUUUGACAUCGACGCAUUCGACCCGUCUCUGGCUCCCGCCACGGGAACACCAGUGAACGGAGGUUUGACCUACAGGGAGGGAAUCUACAUCACGGAGGAAAUUCAUAACACAGGUCUGCUGUCGGUCAUGGACAUGGUGGAGGUGAACCCCAUCCUGGGGGCCAACAGCGAAGCCGUGGAGGCCACCGCCUCCUUAGCGGUGGACGUCAUCGCGUCGUCGCUGGGGCAGACGAGAGAAGGGGCCCACGCGUCCACCGACGCGAUCCCCGCCGGGAAGAGCGACACAGAGCAGCUCUGCCUCUGAGAGCGAAAGCGAAGCCAUGAACUUUUAACAACGUCAUCGCUGAGCAUUCCACUAUUUUCAGUACGAGACUGCAAGAGACUGAAUCUGUUAGUAGGCAAAGUUGAUGUUCCCUUCUCUGCUGUUAAAGCGUUAUGUCUGGAUUGACACUGGUAAUGAUAAGAGAAUACCACUACACCUGCACAUGGGACUACUUCUCAUCUUGCGCUUAUUAUGCUAACUUAUUUUGUUUUUACUGUAUGUUAUAACUUAAUUGUAGGCUCCCACAUAUUUAUCUCAUGUUUGGUUUACAAGAGAAUGAACCUGCCUCAGAGGUAUGAAAACCUACGCUUGACUUAGCUUAAAAGGUCACAGUCUAAUGUGGACUCGGCAUCUUGUGGCUGUGCCAGUUAGUUAAAACUAGUAUUAUUAAGUUAACACUUCUGGACCAGCUGUGGUUACUGUAUUUUCCUUAGAGGUUACUUUUGUACAUUUCUUCCACAAUGAACCCAUCAGUGCAUGUCGUAGGAUUUCUUAGAGAUCUACUACAUUAGAAUUCACGAAAAACCACAUCACAUCCCCGUUGAUUCAGAUGCUGGUGAAAUAACGUGUAUUUGUGUAAUUGAGUUUGAAGUGAUUUACUUGUUCUAACAUUUCAGAUCGGCGUGGCCACCAAAUUUAUUGUCACUGUGAUGAAAGAGCUUCUAUUUUGGUCUUCCAUAAAUGUGAUUACAUUUUUCA